CGUGCGGUCGCGGUCCCUUAGGCCGGGCUGGCGCCGUUGGCCGCCGACCGUGGAAGAAGUUUUAAAGGCGGGGAGGAGGAGAAGACUAAAGCCGUGCGCCGACUGCAGCCCAACCGGUCGGCCUGCCCACUCUUACUUUACCGGCAGAUUAAAUGGGGAGACAUGCACAACGCCACGCGCCGCUCGGGGGAAGGCGUUGCGGGGGAAAUGGCGGCUGUCGGUCCGCCGGCCCUUGCGGAAGCCCAGGGGUCCGGGCAGGAGCAGGGCGCCUCCGGCCUGGGCCAGAGGAGCGGCCAUCAGGACUCCGUGUACGUGAAGGCCGCCGAAAUUUUUCACAACAUCCGAACGGAAAAACCUGCGGGAAACAGCCGGAUAAACUAUGGCAACCAACCUCUCCACACUUUCCCUGAUUUCCGCAACGGAAAAUCGCAGCACUGGGCUUAUGAGCUGGCCUUCAGCACUCUCAAAUAUCAAGAUAUUCUGGAAAACAUAUUGUUAGAUAGCUGUUUCUACCCAACUGUGCCACUACCAGCUGAUUUGACCAGUCUUGUUGUUGUGAUGCUGUAUGAUUUCCAAGAUCGAAAAUUUCAAGCUCGUCUUAUCUCUGACAAUGAGGAGCCUAUAGCAGAAGUUCAGGAAGUAGAGAAUCAUCUGAGCAGUUUUAAGACAAAAUUGGCUGCAGCACUAGCAAGAUGUCGAAUCAAGCAUGAUGCUCUUUCAAUUGACUCCAUUCUACCGGAGAUGGUUCGGAAACAAGAACAACGAGCCUCUACUUUACCGCUUUAUGUUUGGAUAAACUCCUGUAAAACCAGCCCCGAAGACAUUUAUAUCAUUUUGAAGAAGGAAGGAUUCACUAAAGUCAAUUCGGUAACGGAAUUUGUGGGAAAAUCUUUCUGUGUGGAUCAACACUGCCCUGAUGUUAUCGUUUUUCCUUCCUAUCUUAAAAGUGAACUUCUGAACAUAGAUCUUUUCACCGAAUACAAACUUUUAUUUCAGGAUAAAUCUCGGAGCCUUGCGGUCCAUUCUGUAAAGGCCUUGCUCAACAUGGAUGAUGACAUCUUAUUGGUUAAUAUGGGUUCCUGGCUCACCGUUGCCCAUAUGUCAGUUUUGACAAAUCAGAGUUCUUCCAAAGUAUUUGUCUGUGGCAUAAAAUCACAGGGCAAGGAAGUUGAACUGAAGAACCUCUAUACAAAUAUAGGAUGCGAAAACAUUGAGCUGCUGCGUGAAAACUUUACUGCCCUGGAGCCAAAGGAUCAGAGGCUACAGAAAGUUAAAGUUAUCCUUCUCCUUCCUCGUUGCUCAGGAUUGGGUGUUAGUAAUCCCGUAGAAUUUAUUUUAAGUGAACAUGAAGAUUCUGUAUUGCUCAAAGAACUCUCUCAGGGGUCAAUAGCAGAAGAGAAACUCCAUGUACUUGUCCAGGAGCAACUUGAUCAGCUAAAACAUGCAAUGCAAUUUAACAAAGCACAAGCAAUUGUCUACUGCACAUGUUCGGUUUAUCCAGAAGAAAAUGAAGUGGUCAUUAAAAAAGCACUGGAAUUCCGAGCAGAAGGGAGUAAAAUACAACCUUAUAGACUUAGCCCUCCUGUGCUUCCACUGUGCUCUGUAUCAGAAAUACAGUCAUCAGCUAGUAAAUUUUUCAAAAUGGAACCGUCAGAUAUUACCAACGGCUGCUUCCUAGCUGUUUUAACCAGAGAGAAGGACCCGGCUGAGACCGUGUCUGUCAAAGAUAUUCUGGCUCGGGCUGCCGCAAAGGGCCUGUUGGAUGGUAUCGAGCUGACAAAAUCACCAAGGAGAGAGAAGAAGAAGAAAUCCAAAACAUCCCUCCCAAAGACUUGCGGCAGCUCUACAGGUUCCCAGCUAAAAAUCACGGAGUUCUUGAACCGAGGACCAACACUUGGUUCAGAGGCUCCGGCGGCCAAAGCUGGGGGUCCUGGGCCCCAGAAAUCGGGAAGCACACGGAAUUUCUCUCAGGUGCCCAAGUUCAGCAAGCCAAGCACGGAUCCCCCCGCCGUGCAGAGCAGCCUCUCAGCCCCCAUUAGGGCGAGUGAACGGUCCCGUCUUGAAGGGAAGAUGGUGGUGCUGAAACCCGUGGAGAUUGUUCUGCCUCCAGUGCUGCUGCCCUUUUCCAGCCCCCAGGGCAAGGCUCCGACCCCCCAUUGUUACUAUCGCUGGGUCAGGACCAGUGGGCACAAUCUACUCACGUCUUCGGGGUCCAAAAAACUGGAAAAAGCCAAGGAACCUGGCACCGCGGUGAGACAUCCUCGACCGUGGCUAUAAACAUUUUAGAAUCUGGUCCUGAAAAGUAAAGGCUCAGUUGUCGACCUUUUAACCUCUACUAUGAGUCCGAAUGGAUCUUUUCCUUUAGACGAUGAUUAGAAAGCGUAGCACAGGCGAGGAAAUGCUAUUAAGAGCAACAUAAUGGAGUGUGUAGUGCUUGCUCCUCUUUAAAAUCGGUUAGUUUUAGGGGGUAAGAGCGGCCCCUCCCCGAGUUUCCCAUAUACAUGAAGGACAACGAAGAGAGCCAGAGAUGUCGAAGAACAGACGUCUACCGGAUGAGAAGCAGCUUUCACUAAAGGGUGAUGUAAAACUUGAUUUUAAAUAAGAUAAAACCGGUUUCCGUUUCA